AUGAAUGACCAUGAUGCUUCUUUUUGCCCUAAUGUUCCUUGUAAUGAAUAUGUUGGGAGUGAGAAUGAACAUGUGAACUUAGUUGCUAAUAACAAUGUUGGAUCUAGAUUUGAUGCUCAAAAGAAAUUUGGAAAUAGGAAUUAUCACAACCAAAUGAAUUAUGACAAUUAUAACCAAAAUGGCUGUUAUAGAAACCAUGGAAUCCAAGGGAAUUGUGGUAGCUAUAACAACCAUAGUUAUAAUGGUCAAAGUCAUGGUCAAGGAUAUGGGAACUAUAACCAAGGUUAUGGUAACCAUAAUCACGAUAGUGGCCAAAAUAAAUGUAGAGGUGUCAUAGAGAAUCAAGCCAAAUUGUUGGACAUCUACAUGACCCUAAGCAAUGAGAAAUUCAAUGACAUGUUAACUUGCCAUAAGGGGUUAGAGAACCAAAUUUCUCAAUUGGCUAAUGAGUUUAAGGAAUUUACAAAUCUUUCUUCUUUGACUUCACAAAGCUUAGAUCUUAAGAGCCCUAUGAAUGCUAUUGUGACUAGAAGUGGUAGGGUCCUUAAGAGUGAAAUCUCUAAGAAGAGUGAUGCUAAAGAUAGUCCUAGCAAUGGCCAAAUUGAGAAUGAGGGAGAUGAGAAUACUUUAGUUGAGGAAGUCAAUAAGGAAUAA